AUGGCAAUUGCUGUUAAAGAUUUAUCUAACUACAAGAAAUUCAAUCCACAUGAGCAAAGGAGGUCCUCGUUUGGUGUUAUCAAUCUUGUGCCUCACACUAAAGAGUUGGUUGUUGUGACAAAUACGGAAUCUCCUUCGGAUUUCUAUUGUCAAUUGAUAAAAAAUAUGGAUGAUCUAAAUAACCUGAUGGAGGAAUUAAGCAAAUAUUAUGAAAAACUAUCAGAAAUUGAUGAUACGAUUAAUCUACCCUUUGUGGGAAAGAUGUGUUGUGCCAAAUAUUCCGAGGAUGACAGUUGGUACAGGGCGUUGAUCCUCGAAACGGAUCUCUCAUCAAGAGAAGUUGAAGUGUUGUACGUUGAUUAUGGCAACAUGGAAAGACUAUCUACAUCCAGAAUCAAGGAAAUAAAAGCUCAGUUUCUCACCUUACCGCAGCAAGCAAUUCCUUGUUCAUUGUACGGUAUAAAACCUAGAGGUGUGUCAUGGUCUGAUGAGGCAAUUACAAAGUUACAAGAAGUGGUUGUUGAUAAAGAGAUGAUGAUUGAAGUCAUAUCCCACAAUGACAGUCAACAUUAUGGUGUAGCUUUGAUGCAGACCAUUGGUGAAGAGUGUUAUAGCAUAAAUAAAGAAUUUAUUCAGAAAGGUUAUGCUGUCUCAAAUAUUGGACAAUUUGUUGUAACUGUGGGAACAAACAUCACAGGUUAUCAAAUGCCGACCAUUGAAAUUCCUGGUUAUAAAGAUGUUGAAGUUACUCAUGUUGAAAAUCUCGACACAUUUUGGUGCCAUCUUACGGAUUCUGCUACGGAAAUGGAAAAUCUCAUGACUAAUCUUCAAGAUUAUUACGAUGUUAAUCCACCUAAAAGUACUGACUUAGAUUUAUUGAAGGAAGGUUCUCCUUGUUGUGCGCGUUUCAGUGAAGAUCAAAUGUGGUAUCGUGGAAGGAUUCUACAGAAAUUAACUAAUAAACGCUUCAAAGUUCAAUACGUAGAUUAUGGGAACUGUGAAGUGUUAACUUUAAAAAGCAUAGCCGUUCUGAGUCAAGAGUUUUUACAAUUACCUGUCCAAGCGAUUGAAUGUGGCCUUGUGAAUAUUUCAUCGUCGAAGAGGAAUAAGAGCAAAUAUGUCGAGCAGUUUCACGACCUUGUCGACGGUAAAGAACUCGUCUGUCGUAUUGAGAAUCUUACAGAUAAUGGCAAAUAUUUGGUGUUGAUUUUGAACACGGAGAGAGAAACAGUUGUUAUCAACGAGAUGAUGAACUUGUUUAUUGAAAAUGAUGGAAAAGAAGCGGCUGGGAAAGCAGAAAUUGUUUCGAAGAAAGUUCUUAAGAUUGCACCCGCUAAAGCCAUCAUUGGCAGCGAUGUUUCUGUGUAUGUCACUUACGUGAACGAUCCGCGAGAUUUCUACUGUCAAUUUACAAACACUGCUUCUCAACUUGAUGAUAUCAUGAACAACAUGGAAACGUACUAUCGCGAUUUAAACGAAGACCAAGAAAGAUUUACUAAUCCGAAAAUUGGAGACACUUGUUGCGCACAGUUCACUGCUGAUGAUGGAUUUUAUCGUGCUGUUAUCACUGAUGUUUUAUCCGACGCUGUUGUUGUACGUUAUGUUGAUUACGGAAACUCUGAGGAACUGCCAUUUUCACGUCUUAAAUGUCUCGACAGCUCCUUCGUUCACCUUCCAGAACAGGCUUUCAACGCAACUAUGUUGUCUUCAAAUUGUGGCAGCGCGCCAGACUUUGAAAACUGUGUUGUCGACAGAGAACUGAUAGCAACGAUUGUUAAACAAGACGAUAUUGGAAGGUACUGCGUUCAAUUGGCCGAUGUAAACGGAAAGUUGUUGUUUGAAGAUCAAUCAAAAGAAGAUAAAACUUCAAAGAAACCAUGCAAAGUAAAGAUUACAAAACUUCAAGUUGGGAAGAAAAUUCCCGUGUAUGUAACGUCUGCCACAAAUUCACAAGAUUUCUUCUGUCAAACAACAGGAAGUUCCGUUCAAUUGGAUGAUUUGAUGAAUGAAAUAGAAGAACAUUACAGGCCACUGAAUGAAAGCGAUGAAAAAUAUUCAGAGCCACAAAUAGGUGAAUCUUGUUGUGCAAUGUUUACUGAAGACGACGGUUGGUAUCGUGCUACAGUUGUAAAUCAUUCCGGAAAUGACGUUCGUCUAUGUUACCUUGACUACGGAAACACGGAGACAUUACCUUUGUCUAGAGUGAAGUCUUUGUUAGACGAUUUCACAGUUCUUCCAGCGCAAGGUUUUCAUGCAAGAAUGGAUGUUCCUUCUGGUAUUGAUGCUUCGUCUUUUGAAGAUUCCGUAUUGGAGAAGGAAUUUGAUGCUAAAAUUGUGAAAGAAAUCAAGGAGAAUGUUUACAAUAUCGAGCUUUUUUCGGCUGAUGGAACCAAGCUGUUUUCGCAGAAACCAUGUGUCCCAGUUCAAGUAAAGGAACCUUCUUUAACAAAAGGCAACAAAGAGCAUGUCUAUAUCAUAUCCUUCGCAACACCACAAAAUUUUUUCUGUCAGUUGGCAAAGAGUUCAAAACAGUUGGAUGACCUAAUGGAUAAUAUUGAGGAAUACUACCGCCCUCUGAGCGAUGGUGAUGAAGAACUGCUUAACAAAGAUCGGCGACUUCUGUUGUGCUAUGUUCACUGUGGAUGA